UAGCCAACCUUCACCCAAUUGUAUGGUUUUAACCUAAUCUCAUAUUACUCAUAUAUAUGUUCUUAUAAUAUUUAUAUAUAUACCUAAGUUCUAAAUUCUAAUAGGUGCACCACAUCCAACAUCUCUAGCUUGCUAGCUUCCUUCCAAUUUUGCAAUGGUUACUACUCUUUCUGAAGCCUAUAGGGACCACCCUCUCCACCUUCAUCAUAUUAUCCCCUUAGACUUUUCUUCACUUAGGACCAUACCUGAUUCCCAUGCAUGGCCUCAAUCUGAAGAUGGUGAUGAUGAUAAUCAUGGAGCUGGAUCAUGCAUACCCAUCAUUGACCUCAUGGAUCCUAGUGCCAUGGAACUCAUAGGCCUUGCUUGUGAGAAUUGGGGUGCCUUCCAAUUGACGAACCAUGGCAUACCCUUGAGUGUUGCUGAAGGGGUUGAAGAAGAGGCAAAGAGGCUCUUCGCACUCCCUGCCGACCAGAAACUGAAGGCAUUGAGAUCGGCCGCCGGUGCCACCGGCUACGGCCGAGCUCGGAUAUCACCGUUCUUCCCCAAGCACAUGUGGCAUGAAGGGUUCACCAUCAUGGGGUCUCCAUGUGAUGAUGCCAAAAAGAUCUGGCAUAAUGACUGUGCACGGUUUUGCCACAUAAUGAACAAUUACCAGAAACAAAUGAAGGCUCUAGCAGAGAAGCUAACACACAUGAUAUUCAACUUAUUGGGGAAUAUUUCUGAGGAACAAAAGCGGUGGAUUGGUUCAACCAACCUCUGUGAAGCUGUUCAGUUAAACUUCUACCCUUGUUGCCCCGAGCCUAACCGAGCCAUGGGCCUUGCCCCUCACACAGACACUUCCCUCCUCACAAUCCUCCACCAAAGCCAAACCAAUGGCCUCCAGAUCUUCCAGGAAGGAGCAGGGUGGGUCCCUGUGCACCCUCACCCUGGCACCCUUUUUGUUCACACUGGUGACAUACUUCACAUCUUGUCCAACUCAUGGUUUAGAUGUGCACUGCAUCGUGUCAUGGUGAAUAGUAUGAGGCAAAGAUACUCAGCGGCUUAUUUCUAUGCCCCCCCUAUGGAUCAUGUAGUUUCUCCUUUGGUUCUUGAUUCCUUGCCUCGGUUUCGUUCCUUGACUGUGAAGGAGUAUAUUGGCAUUAAGGCCAAGAACCUUGGGGGAGCAUUGUCGUUGAUUAGUAUGCUUAAUAAUAACUAAUGUGAUAUUUCUCUAAUUUUGGUUCUUUUAGUUGAUAAUAUCAUCUCUUUUCGGUCAACAUGGUGUCGCAUGAUUGAUAAUUUCUUUUUAUUGAUAAAUAUUAAUUUUUGUUAGAAAUAUUAUCUGUGGGAGAAUUCAAAUUUGUGACCUCCCAUCCCAUCCAUCUCCCUUGAGUCUCACCUUCUCAUCCACCUAGUCAACCUUAUAUAUUUGUAUGAUUGAUAAAUAAUUAUGUCUUUUAAAUA